CAAGCAUCUAGCUAGCUAGCUAGCUGAUCAUCACAAGUGAGACAGGGAGCUAGGUGAUCGAUCGAUCCAUCAUGGCCGCCUCCUCGCAGCAAUCGUCACAGCACCUGCUAGUCCUGCUGCUGCUGCUCCUCUCCUGCCUCGCCGGCGCCGCCACCGCGGGCUCCACGAUGCAGUGCCACGACGAGGACCAGGCGGCGCUGCUGGCCAUCAACUCCGCGCUGGGGAGCCCCUACCACUUCGCGUCCUGGACGCCCGACACCUUCUGCUGCGACUGGUACGACGUCGACUGCGACAACGCCACGGGCCGCGUCGUCGGCCUCUCCGUCUUCGGGGACGCCAACGUCACGGCCGCCAUCCCGGACGCCAUCGCCAACCUCACCGGCCUCCGCACCCUCGUGCUGCGCCACCUCCCGGGCCUCACCGGCGGCAUCCCGGAGUCGCUCGCCCAGCUCUCGGGCCUCUCGCAGCUCACCAUCUCCUACACCGGCGUCUCCGGGCCCGUGCCGGCGUUCCUGUCCCAGCUCGCCGAGCUCGCACUGCUCGACCUCUCCUUCAACUCCCUCUCGGGCGCCAUCCCGGCCUCGCUCGCCGACCUCCCCGCCCUCGCCAGCAUCGACCUCAGCCGCAACCGCCUCGAGGGCCCCGUCCCGGCGCUGCUCCUCAGCAAGUGCCCCGGCCAGGUCGAGCUCUGGCUCUCGCACAACAACCUCUCCGGCGCCAUCCCCGCCGGGUUCGCCGCCAUCAACUUCACGCACCUCGACCUGUCGCGCAACUCCCUCUCCGGAGACGCCUCGGCCGUCCUCGGCCGGGGGAAGCCGCUGCAGCACCUGGACCUGUCCCGCAACGACCUGCGCUUCAGCCUCACGGGCGCGGAGCUGCCGGAGCAACUCACCUACCUGGACCUGAGCCACAACGCCAUCCGCGGCCGCGUCCCGGCGCAGGUGGCCGACCUCGCCGGCCUGCAGCUCUUCAACGUCAGCUACAACAAGCUGUGCGGCGUGCUGCCCACCGGCGGGGUAAUGGAGAGGUUCGACGCCUACAGCUACCAGCACAACAAGUGCCUCUGCGGAUCCCCGCUCCCGGCCUGCCACCGUUACAUGCUCUAAAUCUCUCAUUCCAGAACAAUUCUAGCUCCACCCAUGCAUGCAUCCACAAGAUCGAGGAGGAAGCUAAUAAGCUCAUUAAGCCAAUAGUGCCAAGUACAACUCGCACCUAAGAAGAUCGAAGUAUGUACUAUAGAGUAAUAAUGGUUGUGUGUUUUGGGUUUGUACACCUAGCUAGCUAGAGACAGAUUAAGCUCAAUGUAUAAUGUAUACGCAUGUGUGUGUGUCCUUAAUUUGAAGUGCCAAUAUAUUGUUGCUUGACAAUGUUUUGCAACGCAGUUGCAUCAAAUUAAACUA